GGGGACUAGCUGCGCGCGCAGCCUGCCGGGCCCCGUUCCCCCACACGUCCUUGUGCCCCAGGAGCGCGCGCGCGGCCGGGGGCACGACCGAAAGCGGCAGCAUGCCAAUCCCAUUUUCAAGGAAGAAUUGCUUCCAGUUACUUUGUAACCUCAAGGUCCCAGCAGCUGGCUUUAAAAACACAGUAAAAAGUGGGCUCAUUUUACAGUCAAUUUCCAAUGAUGUUUAUCAAAAUCUGGCUAUCGAAGACUGGAUUCAUGACCACAUGAAUCUAGAAGGCAGGCCGGUUCUGUUUCUCUGGAGAAAUUCUCCCUCUGUUGUAAUUGGUAGGCAUCAGAACCCUUGGCAGGAAUGUAACCUGAACUUGAUGAGAGAAGCAGGUGUAAAACUGGCUCGAAGAAGAAGCGGAGGAGGAACCGUCUACCAUGAUAUGGGUAAUAUCAACUUGACUUUUUUUACAACCAAGAAAAAGUAUGAUAGGAUGGAAAAUCUAAAAUUAGUUGUCAGGGCUCUGAGUGCCGUCCAACCCCAACUGGAUGUGCAACCUACCAAAAGAUUUGACCUUUUACUUGAUGGACAGUUUAAAAUAUCGGGAACAGCUUCUAAGAUUGGCCGGACUACUGCUUAUCACCAUUGCACUUUGCUAUGUAGUACCAAUAGGACCCUUUUGUCUUCUUUGCUCAAGAGCCCCUACCAAGGGAUCAAGAGCAAUGCCACUGCUAGCAUACCUUCCUUAGUAAAAAAUCUCCUGGAAAGAGAUCCCACCCUGACCUGUGAAGUACUGAUGGAUGCUAUUGCUGCAGAGUAUGCUGCUUGUCAUCAGAUUGACAAACACAUCACCUUAAUAAACCCAACAGACGAGACACUGUUUCCUGGAAUAAACAGCAAAGCCAGAGACCUACAAACCUGGGAGUGGAUCUAUGGCAAAACUCCAAAGUUCAGCAUAAACACUUCCUUCAAUGUGCUCCAUGGACAGUCACACUUGGAAGUUAAAGUAUUCAUAGACAUAAAGAACGGGAGAAUUGAACUCUGUAACAUUGAAGCACCUGAUCACUGGUUGCCCCUGGAAAUAUGUGACAAAUUAAAUUCAAGUUUUAUUGGAAGUAGGUUUUGCCCAAUUGAAACUACUAUGCCAACAAAUAUAUUACAUAGAACAUGUCCAGAAGACGAUGAUCUACACAGCAAAUGGAAUAUUCUCUGUGAAAAUAUUAAGGGAAUAAUGUGAUUCCAAGUAAAUUAGUAUUGACAGUUUCAGUGAGAAAAUAAAAUUUUUCAAUGUAUAUUGUAGGUC